AUGGACGCCUCAAAAGGUCAGGCGACAUCCCCCUCGCCAGACAGUUUCUUCGGUUCUGUAGAUCCGGUGGCAUUUGCGUUUGCUAUCGUCGCAUCAAUUCUCGCAUCACUCUCUCUGAUGGACCAAUCGGCGGAAGCCACCAGGAAAGGGGCAGUGCUUUCAGUCAUUAAAGGGAUGAGACUCAUGUUCAUUCCUGAGGCCGUGGAUUGCCUGCACCUUCAUGGAGACAUAUGGACAAAGCCACAGCUGCAACACUUCCUCAUUCAGCAGCCUGGUCUAAUAUCUCUUAUGAUCCGACAUCCAUGCGGCUGGAAAUCUUGCCCCGCUAUGGAUAAAGCAAAUCUUGCUUAUAACGACUUUGUUAAUCUCUCUUGCAUCAAUAUUUUGGAUGACUUCGAAGGCACCAUGAAGAUGAUGUUUUUAAUACGGUGGCAUAUCUCCGCUCUACGGUCAUAUUACACCUGGUACACUAGAAAGCCUAAGCCAAUCUCUGAGGCAGAGUUCAACAAGGAACUAGACGAAUGGUUUCUCAACAGUCUCGCCAGUUGUACGGAUAUGACUGAAGAAGAGAUGGAAUUCCUAGAAAAGCUGGCUUGUAUGAGGAUGUUGCGGUGGAAUAGGUUCGUUGGAGAUGAUACCACCAAGUUCGCCUGGGAAGUACCGAAACAAAGAAAAUACACCAACCUCUGGUUUAUCCUCGGUAUGAAAGCAAUUUUAAGAACAGACUACCCGGAAGGCAAUUACAAAAUCAGUAGUUCGGGCGCAUGGGCAAGCGUCGAACGCGUUGGGAUGACCUGGCACAUGAGAUCUGGCAGUCGCAGGCAGGGCUUUUGGACUACCUGUCGUAUCUGGGAUCUUGAGGAAAAGCAAUGGCAACAGCCUGGCGGUCGUGUCGAACUUGACAUGAACCCAGAGUUGACAUGCAUGAAUCAACUAGCGACUCCAAUACUGGAUUUCGGCAACUGUGUCAACGCGGGUCCGAAUGCUCUCUUCUUCGUUCAGACGGACAAGUCGUUGUUAAACAAUCUCAUAAAUCUUAUCAACACGUUGGAUUCAACACCAGGACAAAUACCCGACCUCGCAAAACCCGACGACCAACUUGCAUCACCCUUAGAGAUCCAUCGACUGGGUGUAACAGGCACAAAAGAACGGAGGGAUUCCAGCCUGGAACAGCAGCCAUUGUUGAGAUACCGAGGGAAAUCAAGACUGCCGACCCUGAAUCUUGAGCACUGGCAUUCGCAUCCAUUCAAGGGCGAUAGACAAACCAUUGGAAGCACGAGGGAGAAGACGGCGCGAUUUCUAUCUUCAAAGGCCGGACACUACUCUGUACUCACGCUGGUAUCUCUCGAUGUCCUUAGCAUGAUCGCUGACUUUAUCCUCAAUCUGUUCAAAUGUGAACAAGGCAAAAAGAGCUCCGAGUGGGAUAUAGCGCUCGAUAUCUUAGGCUCGAUAAGUCUGGUCUUCUCGUGCCUUUUCAUGGUCGAGCUCAUUGCUUCUAUCUGGGCAUUUGGCUGGAAAUAUUUCAAAUCGUGGUUCCAUUGUUUCGACGCCUUCAUUGUACUCGCGGGCUUUGUCACUGAUGUUCUUCUACGCGGCAUUGUCGAGGAGGUAGCUUCUCUCAUUGUGGUCAUGCGUUUGUGGCGAGUGGUCAAGAUAAUUGAGGAGCUCGGGCUUGGUGCACAGGAACAGACCGAGGAAUUGAGUGAAAAGCUUGAGCAAUGCGAAAAGGAUAAUGAGGCACUGAGGAAGGAGGUUGAAGAUCUGAGAACAAGGCUGGGAAAAGCGGAUGUAAACGAUAGCAUUGAUGAGACAGAGACUGCAGGUUAG